AUGAAGUCGCAAAUACAAUGCGCAUUGCUGCUGCUCGUACUAUGCAUGUGCGUAUGCUCAGCAACCCACACAUCCAACUGGGCCGUCCUCGUAUCUACCUCACGUUUCUGGUUUAACUACCGCCAUCUCGCAAACACCCUCUCCCUUUACCGCACCGUCAAACGUCUCGGCAUCCCCGACUCGCAAAUCAUCCUUAUGCUGCCUGACGAUAUGGCCUGCAACCCGCGCAACUCGUUUCCUGGAUCUGUCUUCAAUGACAAGUCCCGCGACUUGGACCUGUACGAUGCCAUGGGAAGUGGUAUUGAAGUCGACUACAGAGGCUAUGAAGUCACAGUGGAGAACUUCAUCCGGCUGUUGACAGAUAGAUGGCCAGAGAGUUGGCCGAGGAGCAAGAGGUUGAUGACGGAUGAUAGGAGUAAUAUCUUGAUCUACAUGACUGGACACGGAGGAAACGAGUUUUUGAAGUUUCAGGAUGCAGAGGAGAUCAGUUCGCACGAUUUGGCCGAUGCCUUUGAGCAGAUGUGGGAGAAGAAGAGAUACAACGAGCUGCUCUUCAUGAUCGACACCUGCCAGGCCAACACCAUGUACGGCCAGUUCUACACUCCCAACAUCAUCGCCACUGGCUCUUCAGCCCUGCACCAAUCCUCAUAUUCUCACCACGCCGAUCAAGAUGUCGGAGUCGCAGUCAUAGACCGCUGGACCUACUACAAUCUCGAGUUUCUGGAAGAGCAGAUCGGCUCCACAAGUAGCAACGUUACUCUUGGUCAACUCUUCGACUCUUACGAUCCCGUCAAAGUGCAUUCUGAUGCUGGUAUCCGCUACGAUCUGUUCUCUGGCGGAGAGCACGAGGCGAGAAACAGAAAAGUGGUUGAUUUCUUUGGCAAUGUGCAAGGUGUCGAGGUUGACGAUACGAAGAGUGGUGAAGAUUCGUUGGCUGAAUGGAAAGCCGAUCUCCUUGCUUUGAAAGCGUUGAUGGACAAGUCAAGAGAUAUGAUGAAGGACUUGAACAACAUCACUGCCGAUGUGGAUUAUGCCGAGGCCACUGUCUCGCCAUCGCAAGCUGAGGAACAUGCUUUUGGCACCGCAAAACUGCUUGACCAAGCAUCUACUUGGAGCAAGCAAGCCAUUGGUGGUGCAGCUCUGCUCGCCCUCGGCGCCCUCUGGACUCUUAGCUCGGUUCUUGAUUGA